ACCCCUAAACCCACUCCCACCCCAAUCCCUAAUCCUAUCUCCUUCUCUGGUACCGCGCCGGUGAUUCCAAUCUCUUCCCAAUCGAGAUUGUCUCCCUCUAAGGUUAGGGUUUUCGCUGGAGCAAGUGCAGAUUUUGUUCUUCGAACUCGUCCCGAGCUCUCGCGGACGCCCACCUCCUCCCCGUUCUCUCCGCCGUCACCUCCCGCCAGUCUCCGCCGUCGCUUUCCUCCCUAUCAUCACCGGCGUCGGCCUUCCCCCUCCAAUCUCCCUCGGGUGCUCUCCUUCCCACAGAUCUCCGAAAAAGAGAGACGCCAACCUCCUCCCUGCUCUCCUCGCCGCCACCUCCCACCGGUCUCCGCCGUCGCUUUCCUCCCCAUCGUCUCAUGGCGACCUCGCAGUCACAGGCGGUGAAGUGCCUUAAUACGUCCUUCGGCCGAAGGCGCUUCGUCUUCAAGAGCUUCUCCCAGCGAGUGGAGGAGAUAGAUAUCGAUGUCUUCCGUAGUCUGGAGCCGAUAAAGACCCAGCCCUCCAAUGGGUCCUCUUUCUUCCGCGAGAGCUUAAUGCAGUGGCGAGAGCUGAACACGGCGGAGGAUUUUAUUUCGUUUUAUGAGGAGAUGGUGCCGUUGGUGCAAACGCUGCCGCAGGUUAUACUUCACAAGGAAAAGAUUAUCUCGGAGCUUCUCCGCAGAUUGAAUAUGAAAGCAAGAUUGUCCCUUGAACCAAUACUAAUGUUAGUUGCUGCUCUAUCCAGGGAUAUUCUAGAGGAAUUUCUGCCAUUCUUGCAAAGGUUCACUGGUUCUUUACUUGAUCUUCUCAAAGGUGGUGCUGAUCGUGAUCCUGAAAUCCUAGAGCAGGUCUUUACAUCUUGGUCAUAUAUCUUGAUGCAUUUGCAGAAAUAUCUUGUAAAGGAUGUUGUUCACAUUCUCAAGAUUACUGUCCGUUUAAGAUUUUUUUCGAGGGAUUACAUCCAGGAGUUUAUGGCUGAGUCUGUUUCUUUUGUACUAAGGAAUGCACCCAUUAACCAACUUACAAAAGGUAUUAGAAAGCUUAUUUUUGAGGUUGCCAAAACUUCAUCAUCUGUAAGGAUUACUGGAGUUGCUGCUUUGCUGUGGCAUGUUAUGAGAGGUAGUUCCUCCAGGCUUCACUCAAGAGCUGAAAAGGUGUUGCAGUUUUUGAUGGAUAAGUCCAUUGUUAGUAUCAGAAAUGAAUAUCCUCAAGGUAUGGAAGCUUUUCUUGAGGUUGUAACUGGUAUUCUUCAUAGAUUAUGCAGUGAGCUUGAUCAUAAAGAAUUGAAAGUGGUUUAUGAUUGUUUAUUUAGAGAAAUAUCUGGAUGCAUCAGUGACGGUUGCUUUGUGCACCUAAAUCACAUAUUGGGGCUUCUUACAUUUACUAUACACAAUAGCAAUAACAGCAGAGUUUUCGAUAACCAAAAGAUGUUUGAACUCAUUAAAUUGCUUAUACAAGCCUACAUCACUCCUGCUGAUUGUUCGAAGUCAGAAGAUAUAUCUUCUGAAGUUCACGAUAGAAUUUUGCAAUUAAUGAUUUGCCUUCUAGAUGUUCCUCUCACGUCUGAUGAGUUGUCAAGCAUCUCACUGUUAUAUGCUCCUGCAUUUAAGUUGAGAAGCUCAAGUUUGUUUGACUUUAUUAAAGGUGUUCUUCUAAAGGAUCCUCACAUUGCACAUGUCUUCAGAAGUCAUAUAAUAAGUGCUAUGGAUGAUUCAAUUGAAGAUUCUUCCAAUGAAGUUCUCUUUUUGAUGUUGACAUUCCUUGAAAGACAAAGUAAGCAGCUACAUUUUGAUAUCCUAGAUGGAGUACCAGUAGAUAAGGAGCAGAAAAUAUGCAUGUUCUUUAAUAAGACAAUCGUUUAUUGGACCAACUUAAUAAGUGAUGUGGCAACAAGUGGCAAUCAAUUAGAGAAGCAAAUUAGUGAGUCUGAAGUAGCUAUCUUAUGGGGAGUCCUUAGAUGCUACCCUCAUUUUCAAGAGCUACCAGAUAAUUUAGCAUUGAUAAAAGAUUUAAUUGCCACCCUUGAUCAGCUUCUGGAACUUGAAGCAGACCAGCUUGCAACUCUUCCAAAGUCCACUUGGCAGAGUUUACUUGGUGCUGCAUUAAGUUCAUAUCAUAAAUUGUUGCCAAUUAAGCAGCUCAGACAUUCAGAAACAAGUGAUUUUUUGCGUCUUGCUAAGAGACACAAGACAUCCCCGCAAGUAUUGUCUGCUGUGGCUGAAUUUUUGGAUUCUGUGUUCUGUGAUAAAUCCAUGGAUGAAGAUUCUGCUCAAGAUGUAUUACCAGAGUUUGAUGUUCAGGAAACUGUGGCUUCAGUUUGUGCAUUUGCCGAUAAUUUGGGCCUUCCACAUAAAGCAAUUCGUAUUUCCACUUUGAAAAUAUUGUCCCAUUAUGCACCACUAGAUCGACAGCUGCCUACAAGUGAUGAGCGUCCUCAUAAAAAGUUAAAAACAGACAAAUCUGGCUCAGCUAAUGAAGAUACGCAAUGUCCUAAUGUUAUUGAGCUCCUCCUUUUGGCUGAAACAACUCCUAUUUCAGUCUCAACAAGUCGGAAAAUUACUAUCCUGAUAUCCAGAAUACAGAUGGGUCUUUCUUCAGCAACGGUCAAUGAUGGCUACAUACCUCUUCUCUUAUAUGGGAUUAUCGGCAUCUUACAUAAUCGCUUUGGUCUUUUAUGGGAGCCUGCAUUAGAGUGCCUGACCAUUCUGAUAGGCAGAUAUAAGGAGCUGGUUUGGAAUAUAUUUAUUCAGUAUCUUGGCAAUUAUCAAUCAAAAUUUCUAUCCUCCAGCGAUCAGUUGAUGAAAGUGAAUUUAGAAAGUCCUCAACCAAUUGAUUUGGGUGGUUGCUUUAACAGGUUCCUAUAUCCUGAUUCUGAUAGCACGCCAUGCAUGACCAUAACGACUCUAUUGCUUCAAUCACUUCAAAAAAUUCCGGACAUUGCAGAAUCUCGGUCUCGACAACUUAUACCUUUAUUCUUGAAAUUUAUGGGUUAUGAUGAUGAGAAUAUCUUAAGUGUUGAGUCAUUCAACUGGCAUAAAUGUAAAGGAAAAGCGUGGAAGUUAAUUCUCAAAGAAUGGCUGAACUUGUUGAGAUUAAUGCGCAAUGCUCGAUCUUUAUAUCGAAGCCUGGUUCUGAAGGAAGUGUUGAUGAAAAGGCUUUUGGAUGACAUUGAUCCUGAUGUACAGUUGAAAGUUCUUGAUUGCUUAUUGAACUGGAAGGAUGAUUUUCUGACUCCGUAUGAUCAGCAUUUAAAAAAUCUUAUCAAUUCCAAAAACCUCCGAGAGGAGCUCACAACAUGGGCUCUUUCGAAAGAGUCCCAACAUAUUCAGGAAGGACAUAGGGGGCAUUUGAUUCCCUUAAUUAUCCGGUUACUAACACCAAAAGUUAGGAAUCUUAAAGCAUUGGGCUUGCGUAAGCAUACAGGUUUAAAUCACCGUAGGGCUGUCCUUUAUUUUUUGGCGCAACUUGAUGUCGAUGAACUUCAGCUAUUUUUCUCUUUACUACUAAAGCCCUUGCUUGCUGAUACAAUGGAAGUUCUUGAAGACCAGCCUGACAGGUCAUCUGAAAAGUUCACAGAUGGAUUUCAUUCAUCCGUUUUUCCAAAAUUUUCAACAUUGGUUACUGUAUCCAAUCUCUCAUGGAAGAAGAGAACUGGGUUUCUGCAUGUAGUUGAAGAUAUUCUGAAAACCUUUGAUGAAUUUCGUGUUAAGCCAUUUCUUAAUCCAUUGAUGAUGAUUGUUGUUCAAAUACUGGAAAACUGCAUGUUGAACAUUAUGGGCGACAAUGGUAAGAGAGGUGGUUCUCUUGGAGAUAAUUCUGCUGGUGACUCAGAGGUCCAUGAGACAAGUACUUUGGUGCCAGAUCCUCUUAUGAUGAAUACCUCUAUCAAACAGUUCAAGGACUUGCGGUCCUUGUGCCUGAAAAUUAUUUCUUUUGCACUUGGUAGAUAUGAGUUUCAUGACUUUGGUUCAGACUUCUGGGACAUUUUUUUUGUUUCUGUGAAGCCUCUUAUUGACAGCUUCAAGCAGGAGGGUUCCAGUAGUGAAAAACCAAGUUCACUUUUUUUAUGUUUUAUUGCAAUGAGCCGAAGCCCCAUGCUAGUCUUGCUAUUAAUUAGGGAGGCAAAUCUUGUCCCAACAAUUUUUUCCAUUUUAACAGUGAAGACUGCAUCUGACGCCAUCAUAUCUUCUGUACUGAAUUUCAUCGAGAAUCUGUUGAACUUGGACAGUGAUUUGGACCAUCAAGAGGACAAUUCAGUAAAAAGUGUUUUGGUACCUCAUCUUGAGAUACUCAUUCAUAGUUUAUAUGAGCUUUUUCAGUCCCGCAAAGAUUCUCACAGGAAGUCUACAGUAUGUCCUGGAAAGACAGAAUUGAGGAUAUUCAAACUUUUGGUGAAAUACAUCAAUGAUGCUGCAGCAUCAGGGUUCAUAGGCAUAUUGCUCCCAUUUUUCAAAAAGAGAGAUAUAAGUACUGAUGAGUGUAUGGAAGGUUUGCACGUUAUCAAAGCAGUCCUGCCAGUUUUAGAUUAUGAAACAUCAGGGAAGAUUCUGAAAGCAAUUAACCCGUUGCUUGUUUCUGCUGGAUUGGAUCUCCGCUUGUGCAUCUGUGAUGUUCUUGAUGGCCUUGCAAUGAUCAAUCCUUCAUUAGCCUUUCUGGCUACGCUUCUACAUGAGUUGAAUGCAGUUUCUUCCUCGGAAAUUGGUGAGCUCGAUUACGAUAAAAGAAUUGGUGCUUAUGAUACAAUAAGGCCAGAGUUAUUCACUCAACUCAGAGAGGAGCAUGCAUUAGCUGUAUUAUCUCACUGUAUAUAUGACAUGUCAUCUGACGAAUUGAUCUUUCGGCAAAGUGCAUCUAGAGCACUGCUCUCAUUUAUACAUUUUGCUGGAUCAAUUGUAAAUGGGGAAACAAGUGAUUGUCGAGAAUUGCACGUGCAUGAUGGAGCACAAGAAGAUGCAACAGAUCAAACUGUGGAAAAAAAUAAUACUAGUUCUACUUGGACGAAGGCCUGUGUUCAGCAGAUUGUGAAAAAAACUUUACUGCAGAAUAUGGGAGAAGCUAUGAGCAAGGAUAUUUCCAUCCAGAAAGAAUGGAUUGCUCUACUACGGGAAAUGGUUUAUAAUCUUCGAGGUAUUCCUUCCUUGAAUACAUUUAGACCUCUGUGUAGUGAGGAUCCUGAAGUAGAUUUCUUCAACAAUAUUCUUCACUUGCAGAUUCAUAGAAGAAGAAGGGCAUUGUCACGUUUCAGAAAUGUCAUCAGUGCUGGAAAGUUGGCAGAGAAUGUGACUGCGAAAAUCUUUCUUCCAUUGUUUUUCAAUAUGUUGUUUGAUGUCAAAGAUGGAAAGGGAGAGGAUCUAAGGAAUGCAUGCUUGGAGACACUUGCUUCCAUGUCAGGUCAAAUGGAUUGGGAAACCUAUCGCACCUUUUUGAUGAGAUGCUUCCGUGAAAUGACCCUUAAGCCAGAUAAACAAAAGAUCCUGUUACGGUUAAUAUGUGCCGUAUUGGACAUGUUUCAUUUUACCAGUGUGAAUUCUAGACAGGUGAUAGAUGGAGUUGAACUCUGUGCUUCGGGUGACACUGAAAGGAAUGUAGGAAUUGCAUCUCCUGCUAGUUCCUCGGAAUCAAAUGUUCCUUCUGAUAUAGCAGUCUAUUUGCAAAAGAAAUUCCUUCCACAGGUUCUGAAAUUGCUGACAUCAGAAUCAGAAAAAGUCAAUGUCAACGUUAGUCUUGCUGCCAUCAAAUUGCUGAAGUUGCUACCGGUGGAGACUCUGGAAUCACAACUUUCAAGCAUCAUUCAUCACACUUGUAACUUUCUAAAGAAUCGUUUAGAAAGCCUACGUGAUGAAGCAAGGGCUGCUUUGGCUGCAUGUGCAAGGGAACUGGGGCUGGAAUACUUGCACUUCCUUGUCAAGGUUUUGCAAGCAAUACUAAAGAGGGGGUAUGAAUUGCAUGUUUUGGGAUAUACCCUCAAUUUCAUAUUAUCUAAAACUCUUGUACAUCCUACCAUUGGGAAGCUUGAUUACUGUUUGGAAGAGUUGCUUUUGGUUGCUGAGAAUGACAUUCUGGGUGAUGUUGCUGAGGAGAAAGAAGUUGAAAAAUUUGCUUCGAAAAUGAAGGAAACGAGGAAGAAUAAGUCGUUUGAUACUCUAAAGUUGAUUUCUCAGAGCAUUACUUUCAGAACACAUGCCUCGAAAUUGCUUUCCCCAAUUAAUGCGCAUCUUCAGAAACAACUCACACCAAAGACGAAGGGGAAGCUUGAGAUGAUGUUACAUCAUAUAGCUUUAGGAAUUGAACACAAUCCUUCUGUGGAAUUGUCGGAACUAUUUAUUUUUGUGUAUGGGCUGAUUGAAGAUAGCAUUACAGAAGAGGGUGGUCAUGGCAAAGAGAUAUCCAUGAAUGCGACUAGCAACAAACCUUUGCAUGAAAUGCUCAACAAAAAAAACACUUUAAACUCUGGUGAUCAUGGACUACAAAAUUCUCACCUUAUUGCCGAAUUCGCCCUUGGUGUAUUGCAUAAUCGUUUGAAGAAUAUCAAGUUGGACAAGAAAGAUGAGCAGUUGUUAUCAAUGUUAGAUCCCUUCAUAAAACUUUUAGGAACCUGUCUGAAUUCCAAGUAUGAAAAAGUUCUAUCAGCUGCUUUCAGAUGCCUUGCGCCAUUGAUAAGGCUACCCUUGCCAUCCCUUGAAGCCCAUGCUGAUAAAAUUAAAAUUUUGCUUUUAGAUAUUGCCCAAAAAUCGGGAAAUGCUAACAGUUCAUUGGUUCAAUCCUGUCUGAAGCUUCUCACAGUGCUACUUCGAAGCACCAAAAUUUCACUUUCAAAUGAUCAACUCCACAUGCUUAUUCAAUUUCCCCUUUUUAUUGAUCUUCAAACUAAUCCUUCACCCAUUGCCCUUUCUCUUCUAAAGUCAAUAGUUGGUCGAAAGUUGGUUGUCCAUGAAAUAUAUGACAUUGCCGUGCGAGUUGCAGAAGUAAUGGUAACAAGCCAGUCAGAACCAAUUCGCAAGAAAUGCAGCCAAAUUCUAUUGCAAUUUCUGCUGGAUUAUCGUCUUUCUGAUAAGCGCUUGCAACAGCAUAUGGACUUCUUACUCACAAAUUUGAGUUACGAGCAUUCAUCUGGAAGAGAAGCUGUGCUUGAAAUGCUCCAUGCUAUCCUAGUCAAAUUUCCCAAAAGUGUUGUUGAUAGUCAGGCACAAACAUUUUUCCUCCAUUUAGUAGUUGCUUUAGCCAAUGACCGUGAUCAAAAAGUUCAGUCCAUGGUUGCUACCGUGAUAAAAGUAUUGAUAGGUCGCACCAGUCGUCAUGCACUGCAUUCCAUUCUAGACUACAGUCUUUCAUGGUAUUUGAGUGAAAAAAAGCAUCUAUGGAGUGCUGCAGCUCAGGUUCUUGGUUUAUUGGUUGAAGUUUUAAGAAAAGACUUCCAUAGACACAUAAGUAGUAUCCUCCAAGUCACUAAAGGCAUUUUCAAAUCUUCCAUGCAUGCUGUUAACAAAGAAUUUGACUUUGCAAAUGAUCCUUCAAUUCCAUUCUGGAAGGAGGCUUACUACUCGCUUGUUAUGCUGGAGAAGAUGCUUCUCCAGUUCCCGGAGCUGUAUUUUGACAAGAACCUUGAGGAGUUGUGGGGAUGGAUUUGUAAACUUUUGCUACAUCCACAUGUAUGGUUGCGGAAUAUUUCCAACCGCCUUGUAGCCUUGUAUUUUGCUGCUGUUUCUGACCCUGGCAGAACUGAUAUUGAGAAGUUGAACAUUGGAACUCUGUUUCUUGUAAAGCCAAGCAAACUUUUUGCGGUUGCUGCUUCACUCUUGAAUCAGCUCAAGCUGCAGCUGGAUGAUGAUGCAGCAUGCAAUCUCAUAACUCAGAAUCUUGUAUUUUCAGUUUGUGGUUUGCACUCUUUUGCUAAACAGAGAAAUAGUUUGACUCUGCAUGAGUUUUGGUGUACUCUUGAUUCUUGUGAACAAGGAUCAUACCUUGAAGCUUUUGAGUUGCUUGGUUCAAGAAAAAUAAAGAAUGCUUUCCUACUUUCCACCAGCAAUACAAGUCAAUCUUCUGCAGAAAGGGAACUAGCUCAUGAAGAUGAUGCUGAAAACUUUCAAUCAUUGCUAGUUGCACCCCUGCUCAAGAGGAUGGGAAAAGUUGCAAUGCAGAAAGAAGAUAUCCAGAUGAAGAUAAUCUUCAAUUGCUUCAGAAUGAUCUCAUCUCAGAUAGGUUCUGAAGGCUGCAAUGCUUAUGCUAUUCACAUGUUGGUUCCAUUAUAUAAAGUUUGUGAAGGAUUUGCUGGGAAGGUCAUUGGUGAUGAAAUUAAGCAACUGGCAUUGGAGGUUCGUGACAGCAUAAGGGAUGUUCUCGGGGUGGAUGAAUUUGUGCGAGUUUACAACCUGAUACGGAAGAACCUCAAGGGAAAGAGGGAGAAGAGAAAACAAGAGCAGAAACUCGUUGCUGUUAUCAAUCCUAUGCGCCACGCCAAGAGGAAGCUGCGGAUUGCAGCCAAACAUCGAGCCCAUAAGAAGAGGAAGAUAUUGGCAAUGAAAAUGGGGACAUGGCGAAGGUAACAAAUGCUCCAGCAAGCAAACGACAGGUAGGAAGAUACGAAGAGUGUACAGUGGCGACGCUUUUGUAUAUAUAUAUUUUUUAAUUUAUAAUUUCGAGCUGGGUCUUGAAGAAAUAGGCUGGGAAUAGUUUUUAAGGUGUCAAUAACUGACAUUUAGUUCUGAACUUUUGAUCGAGCCACAUUCCCUACCGGCAGUGUUGUAAUGAGUCUGGGGAUAUUUAUUUACUUGUGGAUGUCCUGACCUGUUUUCACAGCGAUUCAGCCCAUUGUGUGCUAUACUCCCUCGAGUGACAAAAUAUGAUGCAUAACAACGGAUUCUGGUUA